AUGAAGCUGACCGCUGUUGCUGCCGUUGCCGCCCUCGCCCUGGCGCCCACCACCGAGGCCUGGCGCGUCUAUCUCUAUCACGAGAAGGACCAGAAGGGCGACUACUACACCAACUCCGGCCCCGGCGGCUCCGGCUCCAGGUGCCAGCUGCUCCCCAGGGAACACGUCCACAAAGCAAAGAGCAUCGAGUACUACGCCACCAACAGCCAGUCGAACCCCACAACGCGUUGCAAGAUCCAGAUGUUCGAGACCAACGACUGUGGCGGUCGUCAGGGCCCGUACUACCAGGUGGACACCAAGAAGAACUUCAAAUGGGACUGGGUUGGCGUCAUUCAGUCGUACAAGACGACUUGCUGGAAGGAGUAG